ACCCAACCCCGUCUUCCAGCACUCCCAUGACCAGUCCGUUCGACAACAGUCCGGGAUGCACAACUCGCUCAGGGAUGUCGCCGCCGGGAUUUUCGGGACGUUCUGACGUCCCUCUCAAUCUUGCAUCCGCUCAACACCGCCUCAAGCCUCUUACCAGGCACCGGGGUCUCCUUGAAGUCUCCAUCGAACGCUGCUGCUACGAAUGACCGGAUGAACACGCGCGUACAGCGGGGGAUCCCCUACUCUCUAUCCUGGUCCUUCGACAUCCUCAUCUAUGCAAUGGUGUUCCCGCUCGCUGUCGCUGCUCUGACUGAGCACUCAAACGCUCCAGAAUGGUCACCACGCCUGAAGACAUCGUAUUCACGCAUAUGUUGCAGGCGCGCUCCCGGCGCCCAUCCUCGACAACGGACCUCCUGAAGAGGACCCCGCGCGAUGCCUCCAGCAUAUCCUCGUCGACGUACACUUCAAUGGAAGACGAAUGGUCCUACAUCGAGACCUCGAAUACAACAUCAUUCUCCCCGCGACGACCAUUCCAAGUUUCAAAUCGACUACUGCGCUCUUCGCCGGGAGACGUUGGAUGGGGGGCUUCAGACAACGAGCUGCAGGAGCCCAACCGCGCAGCGCCCAGGUCAACACGAUCGACGGAUCCUCUGGCACAAUCUCAAACGGUCUGCCAUGCAACUCGCUUUCUCUCGAGAACGAUGGUAAUAUCAUGAUGACGACGCAGGGAGGCACGAUCUACGACGAGGAUGACGAAUCCAUCUAGGUUUACGACGCAGACAACGACACGGACGCGCCGUCGAGUCUUGCGUUUUGGGAAUGUCUUUUCCAAUGCCCGGUCGACGAACACCCGCUAGGGGAGGCACGAGAAACGCUCUGCAUGGCGAUCCGGGAUCCGAAGUACGAGGGUGCCUCUGUGACUCUGGAAGUCAUUGAGCCAGUGGACAUGGUGUAGAGCCACGAGCGCCAUUUACUGGCGGCUGUUGUCUCGCGGCGAGAGCAUGCGAGAGGAAUUUUGUGAUACCUAUAUACACCCAUCUGUACUGUCCCACAAUGCAGACUUGGUGCUCGAGUUCUACCGCCCGACUUUGUGCACGGGAAGUCAUAUUGCGUGUCGACUCUCUCCGUUCCUGGUCAAUACAUGGCGUCUGCUUGCCGUGCGAAGGACUGAACUCAUUUCCAAAAUCCCCGCCCAUGACACGAACGACAGAGUCAUCAUCUCCCGGUGAUAGGGACGGAGCCUUGAUCGUGGCAUGUUCCUGCUAUGUGAACCAUAUGACUCUGACUGCUCUAGGCUCAUGUCAUUAGUAGUGAUCUCCCAGCGCCUAUGCACUUCAAUAGUCUUUUCCCCAACGACUCCGCGUGUCAGCCAUCUGGGUCGACUCGUGCAGUCUUUGAUCUGCGCUGACAG